AGAUAAGGUUCACUACUGUUGGGGCUCGCAUGCCUAAAGGAGUUCUUCUUGUUGGUCCUCCAGGAACUGGGAAGACCCUGUUAGUCAAGGCUAUUGGUGGUGAAGCUGGUGUUCCAUUUUUUUCAAUAUCUGGUUCUGAGUUUGUUGAGAUGUUUGUUGAGAUGUUUGUUGAUGUUGGUGCUUCUUGAGUUCGUGAUUUGUUCAUGAAGGCCAAAGAGAACGCCCCUUGCAUUGUCUUUGUUGAUGAAAUUGAUGCUGUUGAAAGACAAAGAGGAACUGGAAUUGGUGGAGGGAAUGAUGAAAAAGAGCAGACCCUCAACCAACUUUUGAUAGAAAUGGAUGGUUUUGAGGGUAAUACUGGUAUCAUUGUCAUUGCAGCAACUAACAGGGCAGACAUUCUUUACUCUGCCUUAUUGAGACCAGGACGGUUUGAUAGACAGGUUACUGUUGAUGUUCCAGAUAUAAGGGGAAGGACCGAAAUUCUAAAG